CAAUAAGCUUCGGCAGAAGCUUGGUGGCCAUUAACCAAAAAGAAGAAGAGUAUCUUGUGGUCGUUAAGUCCGUUGCUGAGGAAAUGACAAUCAUUUAGGAAUGAGUAGGAAAUGUAACGUGUCGUGGGUAAAACCUACAGAGCCUACUUUUCUGAAGAAAUUUAAAAAUGACGUUGGUUACAAAGAAGGACCGACUGUGGAUACAAAGAGACAGGACAUGCCCGUUCUAGAUGACAAUGGAGACAGCGAUCGGGAGGACGAACUGCCCCAAGUGGUGGUUCUGAAGAAGGGAGAUCUGUCUGCAGAGGAAGUAAUGAAGAUCAAAACUGACACUGAUGGAAGCUCAAAGGAGGAAGACGACGCCUCUGCAGAUGGUAAGAUCAUGUUCAGGAAGCCUGUCAAGCGCUCUUCAGACAACAAAUUUCAACGCAUCACAGCGACUUCAAGCAAAAAGAAAAAGGGUAAUGAAAAGAAGGACAGUGAUGACUCCAAAACCGCCACGGAGAACCUGCAGAAGAAAGUGAAAAACAGCAGCCUGCUUUCCUUCGGGGACGAUGAGGAGGAAGACUAGCUCACCUUCAAGACUGGUGUCUUGUCCUGUAGCAUUUUGAUGAGCUUGAUUAUUAAAAGUGGAUGUGUUUUUUGGAGGAAUCGGUGACUAACUGGCUGAUAAUUGGUUUCACGGACCCUGAUUGAUGUUUGGGGGUUUUGAAACCAGCCCUUAAAGGUUUAGUAACUAAAGUUUUAAUAUACAUGUCCCACCCUUACUUAGUACCAGUAUCUGUCACUGCCUCCUUAUCUGUUUCAAUUACACUAUUCAUAUCUAAAUACGUUUUCUUAACUCUGAAAAUACAGAAACAAUUGACAUGUAGGAGAAACUAGCUUAUGUUAUAGUGAUGUACAUCAACUGUAUUAGAAAUGAAAAGAGAGGCAGUAAAAAUGAUCUUGAACCUAAUAAUAGCAUCAUGUUUUAGACCACUUGCACACUAAUUCUGGCAGAGAAGUUAAGAAUCUGCAGUAGAUGGGGAUGUGUGCUGACAAGCAGGUUGGUGUCAGAUGGCCACUAUUAUGAAAGAUGUGUGUUUUAUGAAUUGUCCCUUUAGAACUAUAGUUGCAAACAGUAAACUGAUAAGAUUCUGUUAACAGUUAUCGACGUGGCACUACGAUGCGUUCGCAGCCUAGGCACGUCUUCAAGGUUAAUGAGGAAGGAUUUUAAUAUUCUGCUCAUAGGAUGUAAAUACAUGUAAAGCUUCUAUAAAGGAGCUGGGGAUAUAUUAUUCAACAUAUCAAAUUUAUGUUUAAAUAUGUUUUGUUUUUUUUUCUGUUGGUUUAAGUAUCUUGAAUGUGUGAUAUGGGUGUGUGUUUUUUAUUUUAUUUUGCUGUGAUAUGAAUAAAGAAGCUUAAUUUUACAAUGCUGAAUUUGGAUUAGGAGAAAUAGGAUCCAAUGUAAUUGGCAAGCAUUUCCAUGUGGGUUUUAGAUGUAACUUCCAGAGUUUAAUGGGACAAGCUGUCAUUUAAUACUUGCAGAUGUAUGUUGAAACUUUUAUAUUACUGUCUUUUUUUGUAUGGCAUAUGACUAACUUUCCCUAACUUUUUAAUGUUUGUAAGUUGUUAUCUGGAAUGUGGUUACUGGAGUGGGCCAAGGGCAGCAUCAGCAUGGCAGUUAUAAUAUCAACUGGCUGUUGUUAGGGUUAAAGAACGUUCUCGAACAUUCUAGAACAAGGGGGCUCAAUCUAAGAGCUUGUGAGCAUAAUUUAUGAGUUGCCUAUGGAAAUGCUGUCCUAGGUCUGCUCCUGGAUAUUUAGGUGAAGAUCUUGAAUCUUCUCUUAUCAGUAGUCACUACUUGAUUUAAUAAAACAAGGUAUUUCAGUUUA